GGGGGAGGGGCAGGAAAGAGGGCUAUAAGGGCUGCGGCCCAGGCGGGCGGGAGCCAGGCAGGCCAUGGCGGAUGUUCUCGGGGCGCAGCGACCGGUGCCUGGCGGCGGCCCAGAGCCCCGAGACCCCCUGGACUGCUGGGCCUGUGCUGUGCUGGUAACGGCCCAGAACCUGCUGGUGGCAGCUUUCAACCUGCUCCUGCUGUCAGUGGUACUGGGGACCAUCCUGCUACCCGCUGUCACCAUGCUGAGCUUCGGCUUCCUCUGCCACUCCCAGUUCCUGCACUUCACGGCACCCCCUUGCCCCGCGCAUCUGCAGGAUCCGGGCUUCACGGCCCUGCUGGUCACCGGCUUCCUGCUCCUCGUGCCGCUGCUCAUACUUGCCCUGGCCAGCUACCGCCGCCUCUGCCUGCGCCUCCGUCUGGCCGACUGCCUCGUGCCCUACAGCCAAGCCCUCUAUCGGCGCCGGCGUGCCCCGCAGCCGCGGCAAACCCGAGGCUCGCCUGGGGCCCAGGCUCUUCCCACGUCAGGGAAGGUCUGGGUCUGAGGACCCUCGAGUCAAGAACCACUCUGACAAGUGCUGUCCCUUCCAGUCGGUCCAAGAACUUGAAGCCCGGAAAUCUCCCGAUCUGCCCCCAUCCCUGCUUCAGCCAGGUUGCAGCAUCCCUCUGGGAACAGCAGAGUCUGUGGACCCAGCGCUGGUGACAAGUCAACACAUCCUAGAAAACCCACUUUCCUCUCACUACCCCACACCUGAAAGUAAACAUCUGGGCUGGACCCUGCACACCUUACUCCCCCUCUUGGCCCUUUUUAUCGUUAAUAGGACAACUGAAUCUUGUGCCCUCUUUUACUGAAGUAGCUCCGCCAGCAUUUAAGGGACUGGGGUGAGGGGACUGGGGGUCGGGGCUGGAGUAAUUACGUAUCAAUAAAGGAUUAGUGAACUGAG